AUAAAUCUGACUCGGACUAGAAAGGGGUAAAUCUAGAUGCUGAUAUAAUAGAGCGAGACAGAGACAGGGGAGGGGUGAGGAGGAGAGAUCUAACAGGUGUAGACCAGGACUGCUGCUGGACCAAACGCCUCGAACAGCGAUACAGUGGACGGACACAGCGUGGACGGGAGCGUCAGGCGGCCGUGCGCUCCACACUUGGAAACGCGUCCCCACGGGCAUUUUGUCUGCUUAACUGCCCCAGACGUCACCGGGUUUUUUGGACUUUAUAAUUUGUUUGUGAAGAAAGAAAAAAGAAAAUUGCGCUCUGAUUUGGAAACUGGUGUCACUUACAGGGAAACUCCUGCGCACCGUGGCUCCACAGCUUUUCGUUCUGGCGCUCCAGGGGUCGUUUGGUGAGACAGAUCCAGACAUAGACAGAAGAAGAAUCUACUUCACCACAAUGUGUUGAAUCAAGAAAACCAAAUUAAAUCAUUUCAGAGAGAAAACAGUGAGCUGUCCACAGAUGAUCGUGUCUGGAGAAAUAUCUGGUGACCUUUUUCCGUCUCGGCUAUGGCAUUAAGUAAGACAUCUACAUGAAGCGCUGUGGAAUCUUUUAAGAGAAACCUCAAAGGACAUCUAUAUUUGGAAAAAAAAACAAAACUGGUCAAUUGUUCUUCAUCUGACACAACCAAUCAUUUUGUUGCUUCCCUUUUGUUGAGUGGACUUUCGGGGACAAACUGUUGCUACUGUGAAUCUCCUCAAACAAUCCCGUGUUUUGUAAUAGUGUGGGACAACAAGACAAAUUGUGAGAUUUAUUAGUGAGUCGUCAUAAACCUUAAGAACCUUUUGGGAUUCAUUUGUUAAAAAGAUCUUGAUGUGAGACUACUGGACAUUUUUUUUAACUCUAAUUGGAUCUUCCCAGAUGUAUUUUUUAUUCUUCCUGGCCGUGUGCCAUUAUAGGUUUUCUCUAAUACUUGGCCAACCGAUGCUCUAAUAACCCUGACCUUUAUCCCCCCCUAACAUCUUUUCGCACCUUUUCAUUCCAAACUGGUUUCUGGAGAGAUUUCAUCCUGGCCGGCACUAUUCCAGCCAAGGGGGAGGAGGACUUCCUCACACUGGCAGCUUCUCGGCUCAGUCGCAGGAAACGCGUGAUUGUAGCUGCUGUUGGCGUGGCCAUGGUUCUGAUACUGUUGGUGGCUAUUCCUCUGCUUGUUCACACAACCAAAGGUGGCAGUGCUGGGGCUACAGGGAGCCGAUAUGAAAUGCUUGGAAGCUGCAGGAUGGUGUGUGAUCCGUACGCUACCUCUCAGCCUGGUCAGGAGCUCAUAGCUGUGUCUCCACCCCCACAGGAAUACUCUGGAAAGAAGAUUAGGUCUGGACUUCGAGGGCCUCCUGGGAAUCCGGGUCCUCCCGGGGAGCGCGGACCCCCGGGGGUGCCGGGGAAACCGGGGCCACAGGGACCCCCUGGUCCUGGUCCUGGGGGGUAUUCUCCCUCAAUCUACACCCCUAAAAUCGCCUUUUACGCAGGGCUACGCAAGCAGCACGAGGGCAGUGAAAUACUAAAGUUUGAUGAUGUGGUGACCAAUGUGGGCAACUACUAUGAGCCCAGCACCGGCAAGUUCACCUGCCCUCUGCCUGGCAUCUAUUUUUUCACCUACCAUGUACUAAUGAGAGGUGGUGAUGGGACUAGCAUGUGGGCAGACCUGAAGAAGAAUGGACUGGUAAGAGCAAGCGCCAUCGCUCAAGACGCGGACCAGAAUUACGACUACGCCUCGAACAGCGUGAUCCUGCAUCUGGACGUCGGGGAUGAGAUUUGCGUGCAGCUGGACGGAGGGAAAGUUCACGGAGGAAACCAGAACAAGUACAGCACCUUCUCUGGCUUCCUUAUCUACCCAGACUGAAGCUAAAUUUACAUUCAGAGGAAGAAAAAAAAAAAACAGAACCAUAGAAGAGGUUGACAAGGACAUGUACAGUAUGGAUGCAAAUAAAUGCACAUACAACAAUAACCACACACAUGCAUGUAAGCCAGCACACAUGCACACACCUACAUUGACGUGUUGUGAGAUUACAAUGGAUUGCAACGCGACAAAUCUGAUAGAGUGACAAUUAAAUCCAGUGGUGAGAUACUGAGCCAAUGAUAAUCAGCAACAGCAUUUAUUGGAACACUUUUUGUGCAAAUAUAGAUAUCAGGAUAUACAGGACAACUUAAAAUAACUAUUUAACACCGAGGCUCAGAAAUAUCUAAAGUAUUUUAAUGUAAUCUAUAUUAACGUACAUGGUGAGAAUGAUGAUACAAUAAACACCAUAAGUUGGAUAGUUGAAAUGCAAUAAUGGUGUUGAUAAAAUGAAACUUUGAGGUGAAUGCAUAUUUAAUAAUCCCUGAUUUCAAUAAUUUCUGAUUUUAUGGUCGGCAUCUGCUUAGGAGCACAUCACAGCAAAGCAUACCCAGAAUGACUUACACUUCUGUUGUAAUAAAUUAGAUCCUUUUGAGAUUGGAUCUGAGAUGAGACAAAACUGAUAGAAAAAUGUUGUCAUAAUCAUACAUGUAGCAACAAACAGUGUCCUUCACAUUUGCCUCCACUGCUGGUAAAGAUGUACAAAACACUUCAAAAAUAAAUUCAUUUUUACCGCAGAAGCAAUACAUUCAUACUGAAAUUGUUUUGAAAAAAUCUAACCAUCAAUUUGAUUAAAUUUAUUUAGUGGGUAAAAAAAUCCUUCUUCAUUUGAAAAUCACUAGAGCUACAAUUUCUAUAAAUUAAAUGUUUAUGAAGUAUUUAUUUAAUGUGUAUUUUACAUUUAAAUUUCUCAAAGUGCAAAGGAUCUUCAAUUGGUAAUCCAUAAACAUUCUUGUUUCCCCAAGUAUAUAACCAUAACUCAUUGCAUACCUUUUUCUCUUAGGGAUUCCUCCAAGCAGGAAAGAAAAGAAAACAUCUUCAUAAAUCUGAAAAUUCAAGAAAUGGCUUCUACUCAGUUGCCAAAAUAAUUAACGGUUUAAGACAACUGAGACUGGAACAAAGAAGGCUCUCUGAAAUUAUGCUUUUGCAAUAAAGUCAAAUAUAAUAACAUUUUAUAUCAUUUAAAUCAUGUAUUUGCAUACAGCAGUGUGUUAAAAGACACAUAGCUCUAUUUUUCCUAGUGUCUAAAUCAGACUAAGCUAUUCGUGUUUUAGGUCAGUUAGGAUUACCACAAUAAUGUCUAUUUAAUGAAUGUCAUAAUGAUUAGAGAAAUGAUUUUCAGAGGAUUCAUUAUCACUUCCUUCUAUUUCAGAAGUUUAUAGUAAAAUUACUAUGCAUGUAAACACUUUAAGAACGUUGAAAAGGUUAUUGUUCCGAAAGCAUCAACAAGGCUAAUUGGAAACCUCUAGUUGAAAUGCGAGCAAACCUGUGGAUUUAUUUUUGAAACACUACCUCUGUGACAUAUAGGGGAAAAAACUCAAAACAUAUCUCCCAAGAUAUUUGGAAAAUAUUUACGUACCUCCACAGGUGAGUUAUACGCAUGUAUAAACAAUGUGCAAAUAUCGAGUCAAGAUACAGUUAAAAAAGGAGACGGAUUAUGUGUAAAAUGAGCCUGUUACUCAUAAAGGCAGAAAAGCCCUUCAGAAAAGAAGAAGUCAUAAAUCCAAAAUCAAUGUAAACAGCUAUUAGAUUUCUGUUUGUCUACAUAUUGGGUCAAAGGGCUCAAUAUUUUUAGACCUGUGUCCUGUGGUCUGAUGAAAUAAAAACAAAUAUUGCAUUAUGCUUUUGGCAAUACUUUGGACAAAGAUUUUGUUCAUAAAGAGAACAUCAUAUGGGGGUUUAGCAUCACAUUGUGUUUUACGACAGGAGGAACUCAAUAUAAAAUUGAUACAAUAUUAGGUAAAAAAAUAUUGAAACGGUGUCUCAAGACAUUUAAGUCUGAAUCCAAACAGGUAUCUUAAAAUGUACUAUAAUCCUGUGCAAAUCACCAAAGUAAUUAUGAAGUGGCCAUCACGAAGCAUUUAUCUUAGACACACAGAAGAUUUGUGUACAAAGCUGAAAAGGUGUUGGAGGGCCUUCAAACCAGACUCUGUCAGGAUGAAAGUGCCAAACUUCUGAAUUUCAAGAAAGUGAAAAAAAAUCUUAACUGUACUUGGGUUUUUAUCAAAUCAAUAUAAAUGUGUUAAUCCUAUCUGAGCUAAAACAUGAUUUAUUUUUUUUGCUAUAGCUACAUCUUUAUCAGGAGUCUCAAAAACUUUAGAGUGGCACCAAAAAGGAAAACCCCAAGAACAUAUCAUGUAUUGUGUAAAUAUCUUUUUUUUUUAAUUAUUUGCUGAGUACAUUAUGUGAGUGAGAGUAUUUGUAUGAGUGAAUAAAAGUCACAUGUGCAGUGUUUUAAAUAGUGUAUCAGGCAUUACAGAUAUUUGCAAUGACUGUUUUACUUUCAUUACAUGUAAACACACCAACUUUGGGAUGGGCAGUCUGGAUUUAGAAGGUUGAGUGACCAAUUGCUAUUAAAACACCCGUACCAACUC